AUGAUCGCCGAGGGCUUUGAUGAGGGCCAGGACGGCGAGACGGUGGAGUAUGCGGCCGAGAUCCUCCAGAACGAGGGCGAGGCCUACUUCCUUCGCCAACAGGACCAAGCCGAGGAGGAGAGCCCUCCUUCACCGUCCGAGUCGUGGCUCGAGGCUGAGCUGGAGCUCCCGGCGACACAGGGAACCAAUGCUCACGUGUGGCACUGGCACUGCGAAGACUGUGGUUUGCGCCGCCAGGGAAGGAUGCAGCAGCGGGACGACACCUUCGGCAACAUGCUUGGCGGAGCCCUGGCGGACAACUUCAAUAAUGGUGCCGACACGCCGGGUGUGAAGGUGAUGGAGCUUGCCGGUACCGUGGUGAUGGUCCAGAAGAGCGGUGGCGUCCCAGUGGAGCUCGAGAAGCUCCCUCCAUCGUGGAGCGAUGUGUGGCGAUUUAUCGACAAGAGGUCGGAGCGGCAACGGCCAAGACUCGCAGGCCGGGCGACUUCCGUAAAGAAUGUGUCUGACGACACCAUGUUCAAGUCUGGCAAGUACCGAGGCGAGACCUUCUUGAAAGUGUAUACCGACUUCCCUGAGUAUGUCGCGUGGAUCGUGUCUCAGAACACCAACCUUGUUGAGUCCUCGCUCCGGGCCUUCUACCGCUAUGUCAUGUGCAAGAAGGGAGAAAAGAAGGCCGCCAACCCGGUGGCGCACAUGGGUGCAACCAGACCUGCCGGCCUUGUCCUGGACCUCGGCAACCUUUUCAUGCAGGAUUUGGAAGUCGAAGAUCGAGAUGGUCUUCCUCCCGUCAAGCUGCUCCCUUUGAACGACGGCAACCGCCAACACUUUGCCAUGAUGGCCAGUGAGAAUCUUCCAGCCCAGCUCGACCCAAACGACACACCACCAGAGCUGGAUGAGCAAGAGUCAGAGGAGAGACCUGGAGACCACCGACUACGUCGAUGGACCGUGGAUCGGGUACACCUACUGGUCGCGAAAAAAAACACCUACUUUUACCGGGACUAUGACCACGUCCAUGAAGAGAACAAGGGCAGCCCGGCGGAGACCGAAGUCGGCAUGAUUGCGGCGUUCGACGAGGAGAAGCCCAUCACCCUCAAUAAAGGUCAAAAGAGGCAGCUGCAAGAAGUGAGCGACAAUGUUGGCCGGCAGGACGCGGCUAUGUGGUCGGAGCUGCAGGGCGUGCCGGCAUACCGCCGAACAUCUCGACUUCUACCUCGGGGGUGCCGGUCCUUUGUGAUGGAGCUUUUCGCUGGAGCAGCCGCCAUCACAGCGGUGGCCAUGGGCUAUGGCAUGCCGGCUUCUAUGCCGAUUGAUCUUCAUAGUCCUGGCUGGGACCUUCGCGACCCAGCUGCCCGGCAACGGCUUCACUCCCACAUUGAGGCCGAGGACCCCUACCUCCUGGCGAUCGCUCCGGUGACUUUGCCCUGGAACCAGUGA